AUGGCUACAAGCGGCUACCAGGGACACUGCAGGACAAGUUCUCAGGAGGGUAAUGAUCGCGAUGAUGCGGUCAUUAUGCCGAAGACCGCUAGUGUAACUCCAUUGGCAGCCAACAUUCCUUUGACGCCGCCCCGCAGUAAGCGAGUCUCUGGGCUGGUAACGCCUCCCGCGACCCCAGACUCUCGGUCACGACCCAACUCCUCUGGGGUUUGUUUCGCCUCUCCACCUCGUACCCCUGUACGAUAUCCCGACCUCCUAAAGAAUACGGAGCCGCUAGCCAUCUCAAGAAACCUAUCGGAAUGGUCUAGCGACCAGUUAAUUACUAAAUCUUUUCCGCCUCUGGCAGGGCUAUUGACGCCCGAUAACACACCUCCGCGUCUUAGUAAAUCACGAUUCGUACCUACCAAUCAGAAGGAAGAGACGAAAGACAAAUCGAAGCCGAGCCUUUCUGUCGAAAUCACAUCGACGGUGUUGGAGAUCCCGGAAAUUUCUAAACAUCAUGCGGAAAUCAUUCAGAACACCAGAGAUUCGGGGCCAAUUACGACACGAUGCAAUGUCAUCAAAUCGGUCAAAGACCCUGAUCCUUAUCGCACCUCCCAUAUUGACCAGGAUACGCGCCCUCCUUCUUCUUAUGCAUCCGCGAGUGUGAGGAGUCCACAGCUCCGUCAAUCCCGUGAUAUUGCUGCGAAAUCAACGACAGACGUAAAUUCGCUAUGCCAUGGACUCACACUGCGUGGCAUGUUCAAUGCCGACGUUCAGUCAAACCUCCGGCUCGAUACUGCUAUCAGCAUUGACAAAUGUGAAUCCCGCAUUGCCAUGGGACUCACACUGCGCGGUGCAUUCAAUGCCGACGUUCAGUCAAACCUCCGGCUCGAUACUGCUAUCAGCAUGUGUCCCAAAGUACUAAUACCCCUACCGCACCCUCCUCAGCCGAAGCCAGUGACAAAUGUGAAUUCGCUAUGCCAUGGACUCACACUGCGUGGCAUUCAAUGCCGACGUUCAGUCAAACCUCCGGCUCGAUACUGCUAUCAGCAUGCGUCCCAAAGUACUAAUACCCCUACCGCACCCUCACUGAAGCCAGUGACAAAUGCGAACCCGCAUUGCUGUGGGCUUACACUGCGUGGUGUUCAAUGCCGACGUUCAGUCAAACCUCCGGCUCGAUACUGCUAUCAGCAUGGAUCUCAAAGUACUCAAACCCCCACCACACCCAUCAUAGCUAGCGUCCAAAUAACAGUGCAAUGCAAUGCCAAAUCCAAGUCCCGCCGAUGUCAACAACGGGUCUCGAUUACCCCCGGUCAACUCACAAAUGAUUCUUCCCAACCAAUCUAUUGUCGUCACCAUAUUCCAAGUUCAGUAGGGAUUGUGACAUAUGUUGAUAAAGAGAAGUUCAAAGUGCAGCCAGUCGCCGGUCAAGAAGAGAUUUCUGUUCACUUUCGUGACUAUAUUCCUGAAUAUCUGCAACGUGAUAGUCAGCAGAAGCUUCGAAAUGCCAUCACAGGAAAUAUAUCGGAAAGGUUGAAGAUACCAGGCUAUGUAUAUGCGUUGAACGUGUUCGAUCCGGAGAAUGAGGAAAAGCUCUCGUUGAAGAUUGGGUACAGCAAAGAUGUCAAGAAACGCCACGCACAAUGGAAGAAUAAAUGUCGUUCCUCCAUAAAAGAUGUUCGCGGGUGGUGGCCUCAGACCAUAGUCGAAGCUAAAGAUGAUGACGAGAUGGAGAUACGGAAGCUCAUUCAAGAUAAUCGCCAGGGCCACAAGGGUCCGAUGGCUGAACAGCUCGAACGGUUGGUGCAUAUUGAGCUCGAGGAUCUAGUAACACAUACUCCGUAUCUGCAUCCCAAUUUUCCUGAUGUCCACUAUUCGGACAUCCCACGUCAGUCAAAGGUUGUUUCUAAACCCUGCCGUGACUGUAAUGGGACUAAACACAAGGAAGUAUUUUCAUUCACGCGCGUCACGGAAGGUGAAUUCUUUGAGAGGGAAUGGGAAGAUAUCGUCAAACCUGUGAUACGGAAGUGGGGAUUAUUCCUCAAGACAUAUUUUGCUCAAGGUAGUGCAUGAGUUUUGCGAAUGGCUCUCUCGGACGUCAAGGAUUCCUCUAGCCGGCGG